AUGUGCGGAGCGCGGAGGCCGCCGUGCCCGCUGAGAUCCGCCCGCUCCCCGCGGCGGGGCGGCUCCGGGCCCGGCCGUGCCGCCACAGGAGCUGAGGCCGCGCCGCUGCGGCGGCCGCGGAGCGCCAGCGCCCCCUGCCGCCCGCCCCGAGCCACGCGGGGCUCGGCGGCCUCCGGAGAAAGCGAGUCACGGGGGAGCCGCCGCCGCCCCGCACUGCACCGCUCCGCACCGCACCGCUACACGCCCGGCUGCGGGGGCCAGCGGGCGAAGCCCCCCACGACCGGCACUGCCGAUCCCCGGGCGGAGGGCCGCGCCACGCCGGGCCGGACCCGCCAAGAGUCGUGGAGCGCCGGCGGCGCCUCCGCCCGCGGCCGCCCCCCGCGCGGGGGUGUGUCCGCGCCGCGCGCGGUGGGCGUGGCGGCGGGCGGCACCGAGCGGCGCCAUUGGCCGGCGGCGGCAGUGAUGUCACCCAUAUGA